AUGUCUGGAAUACUAUCAUAUGUGCUUGGUGGCGACCGGAAGGCUGCAGCGAUCAACUUGACCCCCGUGGAAGUACACCAUAUAGAAACCAACCCCGAUCGCAGGGCGCGGUCACUCAAGCAUCUGCUCAAGGCUAAUCACGUCAACUAUUCUGUCGUCUAUAACCAGCUCCGUUUCGAUAAUCAUAAUGCCCAUAUUCUGAGCUCGGCGUAUUUACUCGGUGCCACACCGAAUCAGCUCCACGAAAUCUAUGAGGAACAGGCCAAGGAAUUGGAGCCUUGGACGCCGUCUCCGGCGGAGCUGGUUGAUAAUGACUGGGUCGACUUUUUAGGAGACAGGCAUUAUCAAAGAGCAUACGUGGAUUUCUUCGAGGACAAACUGGCCAUGGAAUACGCUUAUGACUGGAAGAAGGUGGUUGAGCACUUUCUGUUCUCGUCCGAAAAGCCGUUGGUCCAUGGACUAAUUUGCGGCCUUGGCCACCCUCUAAUUCAGCUGGGAUAUGCAUAUGAAAUGGACAGCAGAGAGGUCGCAAUGGAGGCUCUCACACUGGCGUCAGUACAGCACAAUUUUCUCUACAAGUACAGCGCUGAUGCGUCCUACACGAGGCCCUCAUCUAAGAGCAACAGCUCAGUGCUUGAUCUGCUUGUCCAGAUGUCCGAGGAUGCAAAUUUCGACAGUCUGUCGAAAGAAAUUGACUUUGGAAGCCUGGAAGGCAUGAUUACCAAUCACGAGGACCUGAUAAUGGAGUACUGGAAUGCCUGGAAGAUCUCCGAUCCGAUCAAGGAUUUUGAAUCAUCACAGAGAGCCUCCGUCGCGCUUUUUGUUACAUCGGUCGACCAUAAAUCAUAUAAUUACAACUUCUUCAUCGUGCAUCUGCUUACGACCAGCUAUGCGUUGAGGGUCCUGCUGCCAUUCUUCCCAGCCAAGUAUCACAUCAGCCUUGUGAGGCAGUGGUGGCUUUUAGUCAUUGCAGUCUUUGUCUUGAAGGGAAGGCCAUGUCCGGAUCUCGAAAACAUUGACAAGGACUGCAAUGGCCGUGGCUGGGAGUAUAUCCAGGACAAGGCGCUGAACUCCCAGUUUUCAGGCGAUGCACAUUAUGUCAAGGCAAUUCGAUCAAUGAGGGAAAUUGGUAGUCUUUGGGGAGACGAGGAUACUUUCUAUCUCCGGGCGGCUGCAACAUUUGUGGACAAUUUUCACGGAUGGAGUUUCUAA